UCGGAGGCCAGUGACUGCUGCCUGCCGUAUCUAGCCCCUGGAUGUGAGUCGGAGUGAGCGAGAUCUCAGGGCGAGGGCCGGUGUUCCUCUCGCCUUCGUGUUGCUCUCGGAUGCGCAGACAUCUCUGGCCGGUACAAGAGGCGCCCCUGGACACUCGCACCGUCCACCACACCCAUCCCCGUUACCCUGCGCUCCCUCCAUGCCGCCAAAGAAGAACUCGGCGCUGUACCAGGUGCGCCUCGUCGACCUCGUGCCGGCGCGCGCCGCCUUUCCCGCCGAGGCGCUGGCGUGGCUGCUGGCCGGGCCGGGCGGCCUGCGCGAGGCGUCCAAGCAGGUCGGCGUGACGCUCAGCGUCAAGGAAGGCCUGCAGCUCUGCCCCGUGCUGCUGCUGGCCAACCACAGCCGCGUGCUCGUCGUGCGCUUCGCCAGCCGGCAGCGCAGCGGCGUCGCCGAGGCCGCGGCGCGCGCCAAGUUCGGCGCUGCAGCAUGUCUGCUCGCCGGCGAGCACACGCACGACGCCCGCCCCGUCCACGCCGUCGCCUUCCGGGGCACGCUCGUGGCGCUGCUGCUCUGGCGCCACGCCGGGCUGCGCCUGCGCCUGCUCGACCUCUCGAGCUUCUACUCGCUGCGGCGCGACAUCGACCUGUUCCGCCUCAUGUGCACGACGUUCACCAAGACGCGCGCCUGCUUCACGAUGCACCUGACGCCGGCCGCCUUUGCGCAGGUGCCGCAGGGCGCGCCGCCGUCGGUGGCCAAGAACACCAUCGCCGCCGCACGCGAGGCUGUGGCGACGUGGCAGCUGGCAGCGAACGCCAGCGGCCGGCUGCCCGCGCACAUCCUGGCCCCGACACGCGCCUGCGCCGACAACCCGGCCUCAUUUGUGCUCUCCACCUUUGCGCGCUCCGCCCAGACGCUCGACUUUCUCGCCGAGGCGCAGGCGGCGGCGCGCAGCGUGUACCUCUCGACGCCCAAGACGCGCGAGGCCAACGUCGAGCGCAUCGCGACGCGCGUCGGCGACGGCGGCUGGCAGGUGAAGAACACGCGCUACCAGACGCGCAUCGACGCCGACCCUCGCCAGCAGCUCAAGGUGUACCGUGCCGACGGGCAGCAGCUCGAAGGGCGCGCGCUCGCCCUCGUCGGGCGCCGCAGCAACCUGCGCGUGGCGGGCAUGGCCGGGCAGCAGAUGGAGAUCGAGCGCAUCGUCGUCGUCGGACGCGGCAGCCUCUCGGCGGCCGAGCUCGACUUCUGCCACUGGCUGCGCGACCAGAUCCGCCGCGUCGAGGUCGAGGAGACAGGCCGUGGCGUGCUCCAGGAGCUCACGCACGACGUGCUGCCGCACCUCUACAAGCAGCUGCUCUUCAGCGCGCCGACGCCCAUCGAGAACUACUGGGACUAUCCUGCGCCGAAGGGCAGCAAGGCCUACUGGCUCAUCACCGACUCGCACCUCAACGCCAGCCAGCGCAAGGCCGCGCGUGCCAUGCUUGCGCCGCUGCCCGACGAGGAGGGCGAUCCCGACGGCGCCAUCGUGCUCGUCCACGGGCCGCCCGGCUCGGGCAAGACGGCCACGAUCGCAGCGACGUGCGUCCAGUGGCUGGCGUGGGGCAACAGUCCGGCGGCGAUCUACGUGACAUGCCAGUCCAACGCGGCGGUAAAGAACGUCACGCGGGCGCUGCGCCGCGAGGGCGUGCGCCACAAGAUCAUCGUCAGCAACGCCUUCCACGACGAGUGGCACGAGUACAUGUACCGCGAGGACGUCGGGCAGCUGCUGCUCACCUGGGACAUGGGCGAGGAGGACUUCCGUGCCCCGGACUACCCGCGCGUCAUCCUCUGCACGCUGAGCCUCUUCUCGCACCCCAAGCUUGUCGACGGCACGUACCCGCUCUUCGCAGCGCGCCCGCCGAGUCUGCUCCUCGUCGACGAGGCGUCGCAGCUGCACGCGUCGGUGUACGGCGUCGUGAUCCAGCGCUUCGAGGCGACGCUGGCGCGCGUGUGCUUCCUCGGCGACCCCAAGCAGCUGGCGCCGUACGGCUCCGAGACGAUCAAGGCGGCCGACUGGAGCGUCUUCGAGAUCACGGGGCGCCGCGUCAAGCCGCCGCUGCUGCUCAACACGAGCUACCGCCUGCCGCGUGCCCUCGCCGCCGUCAUCUCGCGCCACGUGUACGACGGCCAGCUCGUCUCUGGGCCCGACACGUUUGCCGGCGCGCUGCAGGACUGCGUGCGCUUCGUGCACGUCAACUCCGUCGAGCACAAGCCGCUGGGCGGCACGUCCUACACCAACGCCGCCGAGGUGCAGGCCGUCGUGAACAUCGCGCGCCGCUUUGAGAAGGCCGGCGUCGAGUGGCGCUGCCUCACGACAUACGACGCCCAGCGCGCUGAGCUCGAGGUGGCACUGAAGCGAGCUGGCCUCUCUGGCGAUGCAGGUGAGCACGACGUUCUUGUCAGUGGCUGCCCACGCUGAACCUCGUGCAGACCGCGUCUUCAACGUGGACGCCUACCAGGGCCAGGAGGCGCAGGUCAUCAUCGCCAGCCUCGUGCGCGCGCCGCGCUCGCUCACCGACCGCGGCAUCGCCAGCGUCGGCUUCCUGAGCAACAUGCGCCGCUCCAAGGUGCUGCUCACGCGCUGCAAGCGCAGCCU